UGUGACAGAGGAAGAUGGCAACGGAAAAAAGAAGAGAGAAUGAUUGUGAAAUCAGAAAAUGCUUUGUUGUUGUCUAAAAAGGAGUCAUCUAUGCGACAAAGGGAUACAUUUUUUUAGGCGAUCUUGUUUGCGUUCGUGUGUAGUUUUGUUGUUGUUUGUUUUUGUAAUGUUGGCUCCAUUUUUACAGUGUACACCCUGAUUGACUGACAGUGGAAUUGCCCGUAUAGCCACCGUUAGCAUUUUGGCUAACUAGCAAGCUAAGUUGUUUCGUGGAAAUCACUGCGUGGUGGUUGACUUUCAGUCCUGGGAGAGCAGUUGGGGCUAAGGAAGGCUAAGCCAAUCGCUGCUGGUUGGUGACUUGCUUGAAAAGCCAGCUUUGCACUGGAGCAGCCAGCUAGGGCCAUGAGCCAGGGCUUCCUCCUCCCUCUGUGGACCAGAGCCAAAAUGGAGGUUUAGCCCAGACAGACGCUGAGCAAGUGUUCAGUGCUGCGGGUCCUCUGCCUAGGCAUGGAGUGGUGUUGGCUGCAGACUGGAUGACAGGGUCUUCAGGGAGAGCCGACGUGCGUCCCCCUGCACAGACACCCAACCCCCUAACUGAUCACCGCUGACCCGUUACCACGGUGACACUGACACCGAAGAUGAGCUGGCUGAGCCGGCUGACCCCUCGAGGUCCGGAGGGCAGGUCCAGUAGGAACGUAGCACCCUCCAGUCCCUGUACUGCUGACCCAGAGACCUGCCUCAUGGUGUUCGAGAACCACUGGAGACAGGUGUCCUGGGUGCUGGAGCAGCAGGAUCCGUCAAGCUCUAGUGAUGACCUCACCGCGGUGCGGAACCACACCGACCAGAUGCUGUGCCUCCUGGCCGAGGAGCGACCGGGGGAGUGUGAGGGACCCCCCGGGGCGGUAACGUCCGGUAACGUCCCCCCUAUUGGCCCCAUCCUGGACCUGGUGGUGUCUGAGAACGUCCUGGAGCGUGUGGUGCAGUGGCACCUGAGGCGUGGCCUGGACCCCGACAGCCAGGGGGCGUUGCUCAAGCUGUUCGAGAUGCUGAUAGGCCAGUCUCAGCAGCCCUUGCUCCAACACAAGGCGGUGCUGCAACCUCUACUGGGUCUUCUGGGGGCCUGUGCUGAGCCCCAGCUGGGCUGCCCUCCCUCUCUGGAGAACAGCCUAGUGCUGCUGCUCAACCAGAUCUGUGUGUCGAUGGCGCGUGCUCCUGCUGUGUUGGAGCUGUUGUUCAGGUCUGCCCCUGCCCAACACGGUCCUACCAACCUGCUCAUCUUCUCCCUGCUGGUUCCCUUCAUCCACCGUGACGGGGCCAUCGGACAGCAGGCCCGCGACGCCCUCCUCCUCGUCAUGGCAACCUCGGCCAGCAACCAGGGCGUGGCGCGCUACAUUGCAGAGAACUCCUACUUCUGCCCGGUGCUGGCCACGGGCCUCAGUGCUCUCUACUCCUCCCUGCCGAGGAAGAUAGAGGUACGGGGGGAUGACUGGCACGCUCUGCGCAGGGAGGACUGGAUGGGCGUGUCUUCUCUGGUGCUCUUCAUGAACUCUCUGGAGUUCUGUAACGCUGUCAUUCAGGUGGCUCACCCCCUGGUCCGCAGACAGCUGGUCGACUACGUUCACAACGGCUUCCUGGUCCCUGUCAUGGGACCCGCCCUACACAAGUCAUCUGUAGAUGAGAUGAUAGCCAGUACAACCUACCUGGACCUGUUCCUGCGCAGCGUCACGGAAACGUCUCUCCUUAAAGCCUUCCUGCGUUUUAUCCUCAUGCAUCGCCACGACAACGACACCAUCCUGGACACGUUGCUAACGCGCAUCAGCAGCAACUCGAGGCUGUGUAUGGUGUCUUUGAGCCUGUUUAGGACUCUGCUCUCUCUCAACUGUGAAGACCUCAUGUUGCAGCUCGUUCUCAGGUAUCUGCUGCCCUGUACCCAUGUGAUGUUGAGUCAGAGGCGUGCCAUCAGGGACACUGAUCUCUAUGGUAAAUCAGCUGACAAGUUCCUGUCCCUGAUCCCAGACUGCUGCCGUCUGAGCACAGCGACCUCUGCUGAGCGGGAGGAAGAACCUGCCCUUUGGGGGAAAGUCCUGAACAGCCCCAGCUCAGAGUCUCCAGUACACCACAAACCCAGCACUCCAUCCCGCUUGGCCCUCUUCAUGCGCCAGCAGAGCACUGGAGGAGGGCCCUGCACCCCCUCCCCCACCGAGACGAUCCCCUCGUCGCCCGGUGCCGGCCCCAACACCCCCCUGUCCCCAGAUAGCCCCAUGCACCCCGUCCCAGAGGGGCUGGACUGGGAGUCGGGGUACCUGGAGUACCUCAGGGACGCCCGUAGGGGGGUAGAGCUGUGCUCCUGGGCAUGCCGGAACUGGUCAGCCCCCUACGACGGAGAGGACCCCUCACCCAACACGGCCCCUCUACCACCCCCGCCCCCCACCUCCAACCCCUCCCUGGCCAUGUUCCCAGAGCACUUCUCCUUCCAGCAGGGAGGAGGAGGUGGUGGUAGUACCUCCCCCGGCCAGCAGAGGGCAGCGGUGGUGGCAGCGGCGCGGUCAGAGUGGAGCAGUACAGAGAGGGACAGUGGAGAGUGGGACGUCACCAUCGGUGAGAACAGCUGUAUCAGCCUCACGCCCCGCACCAAGAAACGCAGCCUGCAGAGAGAGGAUGUCCACCUCCCCAAACCUCUCCAUCUCCCUCCUGAUUCUGCCUCCCUCCCUGACCCCUCCGCUGUUCCCCACCUCCGCUCCGCCCCCACCAAGGGCGCUCAGCAGGCCAUCAUCAAUGGGACGUUGUUGGGGGGGCAGGGGGACAGGUGUAGGGACAGCCAGGAUGGAGGGAUGGAGGUUAAGAAGGUGAAGAGAGAGUUGGGCGAGCAACGGCACCCUGCUGGGGGGGACUCUAGUCAGAACGGGGAGGUGAGUGCCUGCCCUGCCCCUGCCCAGUCCUGUGGGUCCCUACAGGGCUUCUACAGUGAAGGGAAUGGGAGUGGGGCUGCGGAAAGCUCCAGAGGUCUUCCACCACACAAACCGAGUCACACCCAGACUCCGUCUGCUUCACUGCUCUCAGAACCCCGUACCAACUCCUCCAACGACAGGCUGACCCUCCGUGCUGCAGCAUCCAGCCCUGGAUCGGGACCUCCAGAGGCAAUGCUCUUUAACCAGUCAGAAGCAGUGGAGCGACUGAUCUCUGAGCUCCUGGAUGGGGCUGGGCCUGGGGAGGGGGGCCAGCAGGGGCCUGGGGACUCCAACGGCCAGGGCAUCAGCAUCGAGGCCUUCACCCAGGAACUCCGGGAGCUGGAGGACAGGGUGAGGGAGAGGAGCAAGGGGGUGGGGCUGUUCAGACAGCUGGAGGAGACCACCAGAGACCCCCACUCAGGGGAACCACCGCCCCCCUCUCCCCUGGACGCUGACCUGAUGGGGAGCGGGGUAGUGGCUGGAGUUGUGGGGGUGCUCAGGCCUCUAGGACAGCCAUCCACUCAGCCCUACACAGGUCCGUUCAUGGUGGUUCUGUUUGCCAAGCUGGAAAACAUGCUCCAGAACUCUCUGUAUGUAAACAUCCUGUUGACGGGUAUUCUGGGCCAGCUUGCCUGCUACCCUCAGCCCCUGCUCCGAUCUUUCCUCCUCAACACCAACAUGGUGUUCCAACCCAGUGUCAAGUCUCUUAUACAGGUCCUGGGCUCAGUGAAGGGCCGCAUCGAGACGUUUGCAGCGUCCCAUGAGGAUUUCCCUGCCAUGCUGAAGAAAGCCCAGCGCUACCUGGCUGCCAGGGGCAAGGUGGACUGGGCGGACUCACCCAUGGGGAUGCCCACACUGCGACGCUCUGAUUCUCUGGUGAAGAGCCGGAAACCCUCACUAGGCGACCUGAUCCUUCGCCACACCAACAGCCCCACGCGGGCACGCCACGCUGCCCAGCUCGCCCUGGCCCACGUACGAGACGGCGGCCAAUCGCUGCACAGUGCCCUGUUCCGGGGCGGGUCAGGGGUGUCGGGGCUGGAGAAGCAGGCAGAGGCUCUGAGGGUGAAGAACGCCGUCUACUGCGCCGUCAUCUUCUCUGAGUUCCUCAAGGAGCUGGCCGCUCUGGCCCAGGAGCACGCUGUCUCCAUGCCCUUCCUCCAGAGACACGACACUGAGGAGUGAUGCUGUCUGUCUCCAUGUCCUUCCUCCAGAGACACGACACUGAGGAGUGAUGCUGUCUGUCUCCAUGUCCUUCCUCCAGAGACACGACACUGAGGAGUGAUGCUGUCUGUCUCCACGCCCUUCCUCCAGAGACACGACACUGAGGAGUGACACUGAAGGUUGCAACCCGAUUUCAACCCUACUCCCAGAAGAUUGAGAAGCAUUGGAUUGGUUGUAAGCAUUGUCUGGAGGGAGUUCCUUUCCACCGUUGUUAAAUCUAGUGUACGUGACGUCUGGGCCUGUAUCCACAAAGCGUCUAAAAGACAGACAGGAUAGGGCAGGUAGACUGACACAGACACACAGACAGAGACAGACAGGAUAGGGCAGGUAGACUGACACAAGACCGUGGUUAAGAUAGGACAGGUAGACUGACACGCGAGACAGUGGUUAGGAUAGGACAGGUAGACUGACACGCGAGACAGUGGUUAGGAUAGGAUAGGUAGACUGACACGUGAGACAGUGGUUAGGAUAGGACAGGUAGACUGACACUCAAGACAGUGGUUAGGAUAGGACAGGUAGACUGACACGUGAGACAGUGGUUAGGAUAGGACAGGUAGACUGACACGUGAGACAGUGGUUAGGAUAGGACAGGUAGACUGACACGUGAGACAGUGGUUAGGAUAGGACAGGUAGACUGACACGUGAGACAGUAUUUAGGAUAGGACAGGUAGACUGACGGGGAACUGGCAUCAGUUUAGAAUUUUACAUCAUAACGAAUAAGAUUGUAUGAAUAGAUCCUAGAUCCGGACUCCUUCUCUAGGACACUGUGACCAUAUAUGGACAGAUCCUAGAUCGACACUCCUUCUCUAGGACACUGUGACCAUAUAUGGACAGAUCCUUUACUCCCUUCCACCUGCAGGGGGCAAAGUAGAGCACUGAUGGGGCUGAGAGCUACAGUGAAGAGGGGAGGGGGAGGGGGACAGUUCAUUCGGACAAUGUGAAAUCAAGAAUGGAAAUGGAAUAUAUAUAUACAUAUACACACACACACACACACACUAAAUGUGAAUAGAUCUAUAGAUCUUGGAGAGUGGUCUGUAGUGUACAUACCAUAGCAGGGUGGUAGUGUAGCGCUGCACCACAUGUGUACAUGGUGCUGAGUCAGCUCUUUCCACUCUCCCCUGUAGUGAAUGAUGCUGAGUCAGCUCUUUCCACUCUCCCCUCUAGUGAAUGAUGCUGAGUCAGCUCUUUCCACUCUCCCCUGUAGUGAAUGAUGCUGAGUCAGCUCUUUCCACUCUCCCCUGUAGUGAAUGAUGCUGAGUCAGCUCUUUCUACUCUCCCCUCUAGUGAAUGAUGCUGAGUCAGCUCUUUCCACUCUCCCCUCUAGUGAAUGAUGCUGAGUCAGCUCUUUCCACUCUCCCCUCUAGUGAAUGAUGCUGAGUCAGCUCUUUCCACUCUCCCCUCUAGUGAAUGAUGCUGAGUCAGCUCUUUCCACUCUCCCCUCUAGUGAAUGAUGCUUAUCAGAUGUGUUAAAUCUUCCGUCUUUUUGAAAAUCUGACAACAACAACAAAAAAAGACCCACAACCUUAAAUAUUCCCUGUUCCUGUUCGGUACGUAAUUUUUCAGAGGGCUGAAACUGGUUAAGCAAACUCUAGAUACUCAGCGUUGAUCGUCUCAACUGUAGAGGACACAACAGGAAGGGAUCUGACCAAUGGGCUCAGAGCAUCACCUCAGCUUGUGAGAUUUAACAGGGAGGGGGAGAGGAGGGGGUCUGGAAAGGGGAGGUGACGAGAAAGGCCCCCCCCCCCCCGUACUGUGUACUGGAAAACAAAAGUGGAUUUUGAUAUUUGUAUUUAUAACCACUCUCCAUGUUUUAGCAUCAUUUUAGAUUUAAUUUAUAUAUAUUUUUUAAAUAAAUGAAACAUUUUUCGACCUAUCAA